AUGAUAUGCAAGGGUCGGAACUUGCGCGAAGUGUUCACCGAUGACCACCUUAUCUACUGGAGAGAAUUUGCAACACAAGGGGGAGCGAAAGAUGUAAAGAGACCCGUGCGCGCAGAGACGGACGGACGGGGUCGAGAGGGUGGUAGUCAUAUGACUGAAGAUCGUUUUAUAAACGACAUCUUCUUGCCACGGGUUUUUGUCGGACGGGGGCCGGACGGCUGGCUGGCUGAACGACCUCGACCAAAGCCAGCCAAUCGUCGCGAUUUUGCACAAAACUAG